AUGAGUUUAAAUAAUAGCGCCAACAGCGCCAAUGGCCCUGUAAAAGAUACUACCCAGAUCCCCGAAUAUGAAGCUCGUCGCGGCACCCAAGAAGAAGGAAGCAAGAAAGAUCGCCUGGGCACCAACCCAAGCUUCAGCCUUGCGGGCUCCGGCGCCCAGAACCCGAACAAUACCAACCAGGGCCCAUAUAUGGAUGAAGAAUACCAAUCCUACAACCCGCAGUAUGGACACAACAACGAAGGACCAACAUGGAGUUUAGCGCAACCACUCCCGCACAUCGUGCGACCGGGCAUGCGUCACGGUGCCUUGCCAGAAGACCGAAAAGAGGACAAAGAAGCCAUGCAGAACAGCGAGUAUGACGAAUCGCCCGAAGCUAAGAAACAGCGCUCAGCAGAGGCUCGCACGAAUCGGGUCAACGGUCCAAACGAUGACGGCUUCUUCAACACCUGGUCAAAAAUCAGACAUCAUCUCCGCGAACCACUAGCCGAAUGGCUCGGCACAACGAUGGCAAUGACAAUCGGUCUCUGCGCAACAUUGUCUAACUUCACCUCGUCAGGUCAAGCAGGCUCGUACCCAGCGCAGAGCGCUGCGUGGGGCUUCGGCUUCAUGAUCGCUAUCUAUACCACCGGUGGUAUAUCCGGAGGUCACAUGAAUCCAGCCAUUUCAAUCUCUCUCUCUGUUUUCCGAGGAUUCCCUGCUCGUCGCUGUGUUGUUUAUAUUGCUGCGCAAUUGCUCGGUGCCAUUACCGCGGGUGGAUUUGCUUAUGCGCUGUAUCAUGAUGCGAUUGUGGAAGUUGCGGCUACCGCCAAGCUUCCUCAGAAUGCAAGUGCUGCAGCGCAGGCGCUGAUCACAAUGCCGAAAUCGUUCGUGCAUCCUGCAACGGCUUUCUUCACUGAAUUUGUGGGCAGUGCGCUUCUGGUCGGUACGAUUAUGGCUUUGGGUGAUGACUCGAAUGCCCCGCCUGGUGCUGGCAUGCAGGCUUUCAUUCUGGGCAUUCUUAUUUCAGUCAUCAUUCUUGCUCUUGGAUAUAACACUGGAGGCUGCUUCAACUGUGCCCGAGACUUUGGCCCUCGACUCGUUGCUGUCAUGGCGGGUUGGGGUGGUCAUCUCUUCCGGGAAAUGCAUGCCUGGUGGGUGUGGGGACCUUGGUGUGCAGAUAUCAGUGGUGCAUUGUUUGGUGCUCUGGUCUACGAUAUGGCCAUCUUCACUGGUGGCGAGAGUCCAGUCAACUAUCCUCCUCGACGACGUAAGCGGGCAUACCGUGUGCGAGCUUUGAACCUAAAGAAAAAGCUUCGUUUCGGAAAGAAGAAGGUUGAAGAUGUCGAAAGGUCUGUUCGGGAGACUGAGGAAUGA